AUGGAUUCGAGCGGGGCGUUGCGACCCCUGGACGAAUCUCUCCUCCGCGAGCUUCCCCAACUCUCUUUACGCAUUGCUCCUCUGCGGGAACCAGUUUCCUCCCGCACGCUAAGCAUUCCUUCUCCUUUAGAACCCAAUGCCAGUGGUACUAGAGAGUCCAGCCAAAUCUCAAAAUCAUCAUCUACUGCAUCAGGGAAUAUCUCCAAUUCAAAACCUGGAUUGCCAACAGUCACCGAGUUUCUCAAUGCUGCACGAACAAAAAAGGCCGAGUCGAACGCAGAUCCCCAGUCUAAUGUGGAACCCUUGCCAAAGCCGAUUCUCCCAGCAUUUGUAAAUCUACGUGCUUUGGAGCGCUUUCCUUUCUCUUCCUCCUUUGAUGACGAUGCCCUGCAUGGUCCGCGCAAACGUCGUCGCGUAGACCUACAGGCUGAAUCCUUUAAUGAACAUCUACAGCUUCCUAUACCACAGGCGCAAAAAGAACAGCGCCCUCCUCCAUUUGGCCCUUUUGCUAUCCUGAAUGGUCUGAAUGAACCUCCUCCUAAUGCCGCACUUCUUCCGCCUAUUGAAGCAGGCACUAUCACACAGCUUCUAUCCAAGCCUUCCAAUGGACAAGCAGCGGCUGUCGAUCCUGCUAUCUUAGCUUCGACCAGUGGCACUCCUUCUGAGGGUCAACCUGUAGAAAGGAGAGAAGCCAGAAUCGAAGAGCUGCUUGGGGCUACUCUUGAUGACCACAAAGAUGACGAUGUACAUGAUCAUGAAGACGAACGAAUUACUCCAUCCGAAAUUCCAAGUAAUAAGUCCGCAAUCCGUGACCAAGAAAUCGUUCCAAAUGAUAGCGCCCCGAGUCCCGUCCCAGAUGGCGAUGAGCCCCUGUCUCCGAAGACCCGUGGUCGAUCCCGUAAGAAUUUGAGAAAAUGGACUGAGGAGGAAACCACUGAUCUCAUCCGAGGGGUGGUGAAAUGUGGAAUUGGUAAUUGGACAGCCAUCCUGGCCCAGCCAGAACUUAGGUUCAAUAAGCGAACGGCCUCCAAUCUGAAGGAUAGAUUUCGAGUUUGUUGUCCUUGGGCAUACCGCGCAUCUGAUCCAAACGAAGCCACGAAGCAAUUACCUGGUAGAAUCCGCCUUCCACUCUUGACUCCCACAGGAUUGGGAUCUGAACUUGGUUCAGGGGCAGGUAGCCCAUCCGCCAGCUCCCAUAAACCAUCCACGCCCAGCCUGUCCGCUACAAUACUCGACACAGAUGUAGGAAGUCCAACUCCUCUUCAGCAGUCACCGCCAGCGAGCGAGACACCGGCCCUCUCCAACAAGACGCGCAGUACUCUUGAAUCCCUCGGUAUUCCAGAGCCUCACGUCACAGCCAAAUCAAAACGCCGCUCCCGUCGCCCAUUCACCACUGCUGAAGAUGAGGCCCUUCUGAAGGGAUACGCAGUCCAUGGCUUUCAAUGGACUCUCAUUCAGCAGGAUAAAAGAUUAAGCCUCGGCCACCGUAGAGCAACAGACCUGCGAGACCGCUUCCGCACAAAAUUUCCCCAUGUCUAUCGUGAUGGUGGCUCUGUUAAUGGAAAAGCACUCAAUCCUCCGGAAUUGAAAUCUCACACCAGCGACCCUGGCCCACCGAAAGAAAGGCCUGCGAGCAGCGGCUCUAUUACCACCAAAGCCCCUCCUUUAAUCCAUCGCCAUUCCGAUCCCCAUGUACACAGUCGUCAAUCGUCAAAUGUGUCCCACGCUACCAGUGCUUCAUUCGACCCAUCGUUCUUACCACCGCCACAGGGCUUUCUUGAACCUUCGGCAAAUACACUCUCGUUCUCCUUGGACGAUAACACCGCCGCCCCGUCCUCGCCUUGGGAGGAUAAUACCUUGGCUCCUAUGGUCUGGGAUGACCUAGGAUGA